AUGGCUUCCGACCGAGACCUAAACAUUUGUAAGGCCUUCGAGGAGACUCUCCACAGUACCCUCGCCCGCAUGUCUGCCCCUUCUCCCCGCCAGGUUUCUUCUGUCGGCCUCGGAUCCUUAGCCAUCACCGAUGGCUCUGUUUCCCCAGCUGCAGCUGGUACGUCUUUCGGUGUGGCGCCGGCGCCAUCUUCGGUUCCCGCGUCCCUCGGCCAGCAUGAGGCCCAACCCGCUCGUGCUGGCCAGUCACCUACAUUGGGUUCAACCGCUACUGCCGUUGAGAUUGGUAGCGACGAAGAUGAGGAUAUGGGGAAGGGAGGUGAAGAUAUGCCGGAAGAUGGUGGUUCCGAAGUGCCGGAUACAUCUUCGGUAGCAAGGAUCCGGGCUAUGAGUCAUACGUCCCAGCUUAUACAAGUACCUAUGUCCAUCCGCGUUGAUGAAAGAGGUUCCCCCAAAAUAUAUUUGCGUUCUCAGAACUCCAACGGCUAUAUGCGCGUGGGGUAUUAUAAGGAGCAAGCCCGAGUGAAGGCUGAGAAAAAGCAGAAACACAGCCGAACUUCGAGUAAUGUUGAUGACGCUCCUCUUCCUUUGGCGAAAAGGACCAAAGUUGCUCGCCCUUCGUCCUCAACCUCUGGCCAAGAUGGAUCCCUGGAGAAAGGUGGUAGUCGAACAGUGCGGGACGAAAAUGCAUUGUGGAACCUGUUUGCUGCUGAGCGUGACCGAUGGGAAGUGUGUAGUGUGGAGGAAUCGUGUGAUCGUUACCGACGUGAGAUCAUCACUUAUGGGAGGAAAAGAUGGCCCUGUCUUCGCCCGGUCAAACCUCACAACCGCGGUUCUCGAUGUGCUUCUUGCACCACCGGCCCCUGCUCCUUCUUUCCUGCCAAUCUUGCCCGAGGAUUCCCUCCUCGCUCCACCGACCACUCUCCCCUCCCCCCUCUUAUCAAUUGGGAGAGCCCCUCCUCAAAUCCGUUCGUGGUCCAAUCCACUCCGGCCACCCCGUCUCCCUCCAACCGGCGCCCCACUCCCAUCGCCAAUGAUGACGGCUUUCCCUCUCCCGUUCCUUUGGUGAACUUAGCCGCUUCUCGUCCUUCUCCUCCGACAGUCAGCUCAUCUCGACGCCUGCCGGCCGAUGAGGAUAUCGAACGUCUCACUCGUUCCCCGUCUCCUGCUGUUGCUGGCCCUUCUCGCCCGACACCCUGUCGUUAUCCUGGGUCUAGGCCCACUUCCACUCCUUCGGCUGGCCCGUCCCGUCCUACCCAAACCCGUCCCACCCCUACCACUCGCCCUUCGCCGACUCCUACUCCAAGUUUACCCCCUGCUCAUGGGACUCGCAGCCGCCAACCAUCUCUUCCUCCUUCCUCCGGUCUCCCCAGUGCUCUCUCUCCCGUCAAAACCCCUUCGUCCAAGUCACCUAAAGGAAAAGGGAAAAAGAAAGCUGUAUCCUUCGACCAAGAAGUAGAGGAGACAGAGGAGAGUACUCAGCAAUCAGAGGAGAUUCCUCCAUUAGUCCACCCCUUCAUCUCUGAAGAUCCUCGUGUCCCUGAUGAACAGAAACAAUUGGCUACCUUCCGUUCCACCAUCAUUGGUUUGACUACUGAGCUCCAAGCCCAUAGGAAAGAUACGUCCGCCCUCCUCGAAUACAACAUGAGACUCGUAUCGGCCCUUAAUGCUCUGUCAACUUCCAUAGCGACGGUGGUGAAUUCGUCCGAUGUUGGUCCUUCCUCUUGCACUGAGUUAGCUAGGGUAUCUCGUGAACAGUUAACGUCAAUGAACGACUUUCGCCGGAAGUUGUAUGAGACACCCUUCGUCCUGAACCCUGUUGAGUUCGAGCUUCCACCGACACUCGAUUGGCUAAAGACGUCAAAGCCUUCUUGGCCCAGCUCUCAGGAUGCCGCCUUUCUCGUUGUCCUAGUUCUCCCGCUCGAGUGUCUCCGUACCCUUCGGCAACUGUGGAAGUCUCCCAGCCUCACCGCUGCUCGUGAUCCUUCGCUUCACGCAGCUCACAUUGGGGCUCUCAAUGCUGCAUGGAAGGAGGCUCGGGCAAUACGACGCGUAGGACAGACAAACCGGGGGAACAAUUCGGGGGAUAGGCAGGAGGUAAGAGAGCAAGAGGAAAGAGGACAAGGUUUGGUGAGUUGUACUUAG